AUGUCUUCCCUCCUUCCGCAUAGAAACAAGUACGGGGCGCCCGUGCCCGCCCGAGGUGCUCCCAAGCCCGAUGACAGGCUUCUGUAUAUUGACAGACAGGCAAAAUAUAUCCAACGACACCUGCAGACUCUGAUUGAUGCUCAGAGCGAGGGGCUACUUGCUGGUCUGGGCGGACAGAAUCCGGAGGAAAGCGUGUCAAAUGGCAGUCUCACUCCCACCUCCUCCGAGCGAACGGGCUUACAAGGUCCACGCACAAUACCGGUCCGACAACCUACGAGGAAGAAGAUUGGGCUUCGAGGCGCCCGGGAGGGGAUACUGAGAUCGAUGAACGAGCUGUUGAGUCUGCGGGAAGACGAGCAAGACAUACUGUCCAUGAGGCUUGACGACCGGGAAGGUGCGCUGGGCGAGGUGGACAAUCUGAUUGGCAAGAGGCUAGGCCUGCAGAAGUCGAUCACCGACAUCCAGCAGAGCGGCGAGGGCCAACACACUACCGAGCUCAAGCAAGAAGCCCGAACUCUCGAGGCAGAGAUCCGUGAGCUGGAAACCAAACUGCUGGAGAUGAAGGUGAGGCAUCGCCAGGUGCUAGACGAGAUCACGGUGGUUGAGAAUUCAGUGGAGGCCAAUCUGUCUUCUUACAAAGCAUCCCUGGCACUGCUCGACUCGAACAUUCGCGCAUAUCUCCAGAGCCCACCUGUCGAGCCGUUGACUCAAAAUACCAAGGAAACCACGUUUUAUUCCCUGCCCCCGAAACGCCGCACCCUUGAAAUGGCAAAAGAACACUGGCAAGCGGAGCAUAAAAGGCUACAUAAACGGCGGGAAGAGGUUGGUUUGGAAAUUGAAGCACUCGACGAAGGUGGCAAUCUCUGGAAACAGGUCAUCAACCAGGUAUCGAGUUUCGAAAAGCGACUGCGAGCAGAAAUGUAUACGCUCAUGCGAGACCAGUCGGACCUAGUGGAGGCGGAUGAUACCUCAAGACGAGAAAAGGAAGACCAAGCGAAGAAAAACAUCAUAAAGGAUCUCGAGCGCACUAGCCAUGCUGUCGAGGAGAAGCUGGACCAUGCGGAAGAAAAGGACUGGAAGCUUUUGAUCUGUUGUAUUGGGGCCGAGCUUGAGGCGCUCCGAGAAGCCCGGGAGAUGCUCCUGGGAGUCUUUGACCGAUACGAGGACGAUGCAUCCACUGCUUCCAAGGGCAAGGCUCCAGAGAGGCAGGAACACCACGAGUCCAGUGAAACACAGUCCAACCCGGAUCCCCCGGCCGAUCUACUGAGAGAUUCUGGAGUCCGUUCGCAUGAGGUAUCGAGGUCCGAGGAUGAAGAUGACGAGCCAGAUCCUGCAUGGCUACUCCCGGAAACUUAG